CUCCGCAGUGCUCUCACCGGGAGGGCGUUUUGCCAGUGGUUCAGCUUUACCGUGACGCUAGAGUCCGACAGCGGGAGAAGAGGAGUCCGGGGCUGUUUUGGAGCGCUUUAAAACAAAAAUAACGUCUGUUAAAGCACGGUGUGCUGUCUGUCUCUCUGUCUCUCUCAGGUGUGCUGUAAGGAGUGACCACCUGAUCUGGUCCUACGACUGCCCAACACAACAACACAACUGGCCAACCUAAAUCCCUCCAUGCAUUAACACUCUACAGGCCAGAGGCUAGCUAGGGCACAACAACACGGAGGGUGAUCCACUCCACACUACUUAGUGUGCAUCUGUGUGUGUGUCUGAGAGGGAGAUACUGAGUAUCUGUGUGUGUGAGCACCAUCCCCGUGUGUGUGUGUGAGCACCGUCCCCGUGUGUGUGUGUGAGCACCAUCCCCGUGUGUGUGUGUGAGCACCGUCCCCGUGUAUUAGCGCGUACACCUGUAUUUGAGGAUAUUCUCCCAGAGGCCCCGCCUUUACCUACGUCGUCAUCAAGAUGAACGUGACGUCGCUUUUCUCCUUCACCAGCCCAGCGGUGAAGAGGCUGCUGGGAUGGAAACAGGGGGAUGAAGAGGAGAAGUGGGCGGAGAAGGCUGUGGACGCCCUGGUGAAGAAACUGAAGAAGAGGAAGGGAACGAUGGAGGAUCUGGAGAAGGCUCUCAGCUGCCCCGGACAACCCAGUAAGUGUGUGACCAUCCCUCGGUCGCUGGACGGUCGUCUCCAGGUAUCCCAUCGUAAAGGCCUUCCCCACGUCAUCUACUGCAGAGUGUGGAGGUGGCCCGACCUACAGUCUCAUCACGAACUCAAGGCCUUGGAGUGCUGCCAAUUCCCCUUCACAGCCAAACACAAAGAUGUCUGUAUCAACCCCUACCACUACAAGAGAGUGGACAGUCCUAUGCUGCCCCCUGUCCUGGUCUCGAGGAACAGCGACCUCACAGCGAGGCCGGGGAUGCAGCCCCGUUACCAUGGCGCCAUCGACCAGAAUGAGCCUCUCAUGCCCCACAAUGCCACUUUCCCAGAAUCCUUCCCUCCAGGCGGGGGCGGCAACGGAGGGUUGGCGUUCCCUUGUUCCCCUGGCAACAGCUUCCCCAGUUCGCCCGGCAGUGGGUCCAGCAGUAUCUCCGCGUUUCCCCACUCCCCUCUUAGCUCCGACCCAGACAGCCCCUUCCACGUCCCGGCUGACACCCCGCCCCCAGCCUACAUGCCUCCAGAUGAUUGUCUGACUCAGGACUGCUCCCAGCCAAUGGAAACCAACCUCCUCGCCAUGCCAACCGGCCUGGAUACCAACAACAGGCCAGACGUCCAGCCAGUAGCCUACGAGGAACCAAAACACUGGUGUUCUAUAGUGUACUAUGAGCUGAAUAACCGCGUGGGAGAGGCGUACCUGGCGUCAGACUCCAGUGUUCUGGUCGACGGCUUCACCGACCCGUCCAAUAACCGCAACCGCUUCUGCCUCGGCCUGCUGUCUAACGUCAACCGCAACUCGACCAUAGAGAACACACGCAGGCACAUCGGCAAAGGUGUCCACCUGUACUAUGUAGGAGGUGAGGUGUAUGCAGAGUGUCUGAGUGACACCAGUAUCUUCGUUCAGAGCCGUAACUGUAACUACCAUCAUGGUUUCCACCCCACCACGGUGUGUAAGAUCCCUGGUGGCUGCAGUCUGAAGAUCUUUAACAACCAGGAAUUUGCCCAGCUACUGGCCCAGUCAGUGAACCAUGGCUUUGAGGCUGUUUACGAGCUCACCAAGAUGUGUACCAUUCGGAUGAGCUUCGUCAAGGGUUGGGGUGCAGAGUACCAUCGCCAGGACGUAACCAGCACCCCCUGCUGGAUAGAGGUGCACCUGCAUGGCCCUCUACAGUGGCUGGACAAAGUCCUCACACAGAUGGGCUCUCCCCAUAACCCCAUCUCCUCCGUGUCCUAACACACACACACACACACACACAGCCUCUCGUCGUCGGAAGUUAUAUGGGCUGCGGUGUGUAGCGAGCAGACAGAGGGAGAGAGAUGCCAAGGCAUCUCCACUACAGCCAAGACUAGCUAGCUUGUAGCAGCCACAAUGUUAUUCAUCAUCCCAUAUUACAAUACCUAAAUUGACUGGAGUAGCCUAGAGAAGCUAGCAAGCUAUGGAUAAUUUGGCUAAUUGAGGCCACAUGCUACGAUUUCUCCCCAACCCCAUUCAGAUGAGAAAACAUCAGCCUAUCUGGUGGUUACUCCAACCCCAUUUUGCCAACUUUGAGUUCCCAUAUAUUAUUCCAUCUUGAAUUAGUGAACUCACUCCACUUGCGUCACAUUGAGCCUCUUUGAUUGGCCAACAGAGAGAGAGAGAUAUCUAUAUAUAUAUAUAACAACAAGCUACACAGUAAAGGCUACCGUCUUUUUAUGGGACCACGUCAUAAAAACUACCUUGAAAUGUUUGUUUUAUUACAUGAAUAAUCUGAAAUUUCAUGGUAUAUCCUUGUAUGUAAUAAUGUCACAUGGAUAAUUUAAUUUACCAUGACCAAGCUGGACAAUCAGGACUGAGGGAUUAUCUGGCCUCAAUCGGGACCGAGACAUCAUCUGUGAUCGGCUAGCUCUGCCUGGACUCAAUCGGGACCGAGACAUCUGUGAUCGGCUAGCUCUGCCUGGCCUCAAUCGGGACCGAGACAUCAUCCGUGAUCGGCUAGCUCUGCCUGGCCUCAAUCGGGACCGAGACAUCAUCCGUGAUCGGCUAGCUCUGCCUGGCCUCAAUCGGGACCGAGACAUCAUCUGUGAUCGGCUAGCUCUGCCUGGCCUCAAUCGGGACCGAGACAUCAUCCGUGAUCGGCUAGCUCUGCCUGGCCUCAAUCGGGACCGAGACAUCAUCCGUGAUCGGCUAGCUCUGCCUGGCCUCAAUCGGGACCGAGACAUCAUCCGUGAUCGGCUAGCUCUGCCUGGCCAGGCCAGCACAAUCGUGUAAUCUUUUCUCAAUCGAAUUUUCACAACUCCUACGUCCUCUCGCCUCCUUUGUAAAAGGUCAAAGGGUAAUCAAAAGGCGUCGAGGAGAGGGAACAUGGGACGAAAAUGCGCUUGUAUGAAAUGAGACUUCUAGUCCACUCGCAUGUCAUCAGGAAAAUGACUUGGAUCCCCAAUUCAAAUAUGUAAAGUGAUCAGAACAAAUGAUGUUAGUUGUGCAGUAAAUGUUGUAGAUUAAAAUUAUAAGUAGUAUAUUGUUUUUAAACGGAUGCAUGUUUUUCUCCUGUGGGGGGGGGGGCAUGGUUGAUUUUCAAAACUCUUUUCUGUGAAGGAGUUAGUUUAGGACACACAUGACUAUCCUCGACAGUCUUCCGUUCGCCUGCUAACGAAUUGACGACAUCUCCUUGACUACCUAUUGGUUUCUGGGUCACGGAGGAGAGAGGGUGGAGGAUGGACUUUUGACCGAAUGAGAAAAGACCGUUACCGUCGCUCAGACGGACUAAUCCUCACUAGAAAAGACCCUUAUCAGCGCAUUUGCCUUACCCACCUUUAUAUUGAGGCUGUGUCCCAAAUGGAAUACUGUUCCCUUUUUAUAGUGCACUACUUUAACCCCAUGGACCCUAACCCCAUGGACCCUAACCCCAUGGGCCCUAACCCCAUGGACCCUGGUCAAUAGUAGUGGACUAUAAAUGUAAGAAGGGUGUCAUUUGGUUGUUGUGUCACUACAGUAGUAUAUGUUUGUAUCCCAAAUGGACCCCUAUUCCCUAAUAUAGUGCAGUAUCUUGGACCAGGGUAGGGCACUAUGUAGGAAAUAGGGGGACAUAUUAGAAGGUGAUUGAGAAACUUUGACGUAAAACAAUAAAAAUGUUUUAAUGUA